AGCUGCGACGGUCUGAAGACGUCGAUGAGAAAUUAACAUUGCUGCAACGUGACGCAUCGUGCAUACCUAAUAAACAGUUUGGCGGUGAUCAGGACGGCGAAGCGGCGUGUCGGUGACGGUAACCAGAUCCGACGAGAAAUACUGAAAAUGUGUAUCGGGCGUAGAAGUUGCAAAUUACGUGGCAGUUUCAGCGCAGCAUUGUUACAAGAUAAAUGGAGUUGUCCUGCAACAGGACUGAGACCCGGAACAUGCCAUCUAUUCAUCGUGAAAGUUGAAAAUCUAAAAAUUUCAAUUAGACUUGUCAAUAUCCAACAAACAAUCGGCAAUGGCAUCUUAACGAUCAACGGGGAAGAGAGAGACCUGAGAAGGAGAGGCCACUAUACUCGCAGCCACGUUACGGUGGUUUCGUUUCUUGGAAAAGGAAGAAACGGUGGCAGCGAUCGAAAGGGCGGCACCGGUGCUGUCGUCGAUCCGCGAACGCACGAUAUCUGGCGAAUCGAUCGAAAGAACGGACACGAGUGUUCGAUAACGACAACGCUUGACGCGCUUUCCCGACUAUAG